UCAAGUGUGCUUGUGUAAAACAGUUCACCAAAAAUAUCAGUACUCACACCGACACUGUAAAUACUUUUACAUUAUUUUUAAUGCUUUGAGCGGAUACUCGAAAACUUUUUAAGUUAUGGCUACAAGAAUAAAAGUAAUGGGUCAGUGUCCAUAUUGUAAUCGUCAUGUGGCCAAAGACCUAAGACCUAUCAACAUGCUGUCCGCACGGGAUGCCAAAAGAAUUUCUCAACUGAUAAACGAAGUGCAGCCCCCAGUUCAGUUGGACUCCGAGGAGGAGAAGCAAGAUCGUGAGGAACCUGCGCAUGAUAGUGGAUCCAGAAAAGCGCACGUGUCGAAGAGAAGGGGAAAGAAAGAUUCUGUAACGAAAACAAUAUCCAAGAAAAAUAAAAAAUCUCCAUUCUCCCAGGAUAAAUUGAAGAUAGGUACUAGGAGCGGGAAAACGCGUGAUACGAGGAGGAAGAAAGUAUUUGUAAAGUUGUCUGAAUCCGACGUCGAAUCAGAAGAUCCUUCUUUAUUAGGGAGCAUAAACAAAGAGACUAGGAGCAGAACAACGCGGGUGUCAAAAAGAAAGAACCGAAUUCAACAUGUUUCGGAUUCUGAGGAGAAAAUAGAUGAUUCUUGCUCAAGGGAGGAUUUAAACAAAGAUAAAAGUUUACAAGAAAACGUGGAAGAAGUUUCCUGCACGCCAAAGGAAUUGAAUGAAUGUCAUAGUUAUCUGGAGAAAUUUGUUGAAGAUUUCUGCUUCCAAGAUGAGCUAGAAAAAAGUUACUCACAAGAUAAAUUGGAAAAUGAAGCUCAAAAGGGGGUUGCAGAGGAGGAUAAAUCGGAAAAUUCUCUAAACGCGAUCACUGGGUGCAUAAUGGAAUUGGUAGAGGAGGAGUUUGAGCGUGAUCCGGCUUGCAGUGGAUCAUCGGGGAUUUUAAAGGGGAACGCUGAGAUCAUAGUGGCCAUGCUGGCGGAGGAACAGAAUAUGAUCAAAAAGAUUAGAAAGCGGUCCUCACAGUCUUGUUGGUGGGAGGCGGACGAGCCGCCUCCUAAAAGGCGCAGGUGUUAAUGUUGCACCAAUGUAGUUACAUUUUGUUGCCUUUGCCAAAUCAACCGUCAUACCGUAGGCCGCCCACGUGCUGACCUUUUUACACCAUCCACCACUCGGCACAAUAAACCUCACUUUUUGAGCAUG